AUGAUCUGUGAUGUUAUGCCAACAAUUAACGAAGAUAUUGGAUCUCAGGGUGAUCGAGAUUCACUGGUUAGUGCAGAUGGUACGAAUGUUGAAGAUAUGUUACUUAGCAUGUUGGAUGAACGUGACAGAUUGAUGGAAGGAUUGCGUGAAUCACAGGAACAAGUAAACGAAACAAGAACUCGAUUGAACGAAGUUGAAAGAGAACGUGAUAAACUUCAUGCACAGUUGUCAGCUAAAAUGCCUCAAGAUGUUGUGGAAAUGUCAAAAAAACUAACAGAAGUUGAAGAGCAAUUAAUUGAAAGAUGUGAUGAAAUCGAUGAUUUGAAAGCUGAACGAAACAAUAUGAAAAUUCUCUUAGAACACUUAGAGAAUUUGGUAGCUCGCCAUGAGAGAUCACUUAGAAUGACUGUAGUGAAACGACAUACAUCAACGGCUAUGAGUACUAGUACAAAUUCAUUGAUUCCGGGGGGUACAAUGGCUGAUGGUGAAACAGUGUGCUCCGAAAUGGAUAUUUUAAAUUCUUCAUCGAAUUAUUCCAUGAAUACAAGUACUGGAUCAACAAGUCCUUCAAUGACAGGAUUAGGUUCAGAAGUGGAAGUUUUAAAAGCAUUGAAAUCUUUAUUUGAACAUCACAAAGUUUUAGAUGAAAAAGUUCAUAAUCGUCUAAGAGUGUCACAAAAUAAAGUAACUGAUUUAGAAAAUGAAUUAUUCGAAAUAAAACGUUCAAAGAUAAAUAAUAGUUCCACUGAAAAUACAUUUAAUAAUAAUAAUAUUCAUCGAACAAUGAUAUCUAGUGAAACACAAGUUGACAAAGAUUUCAUAAAAGAUGAUGAUACAGACAUAAAGAAUAAUCUUGGUCAAAUUCAAAAGUUAUCACUUGAAGAAACUGUUUCAUUCCCACAAGGAUCAGUUGGAAUAAGUAAAAGUUCUGAAUUCUUAUCUUCGUCAUCAGUUCUGAAUGCUCCUUUAUCAAAUUUAUUCUGUGGUUCAGCGUCAGCAGCUGCUCUUGAAGCAGCGAACAGAAUCAAAGAACUGCAAGAAAAUCUUGAACAACGUGCAUCUGAAUUACUCGCUGCUCGAAGGCAAGUGAUUGAACUGACAAGUCGAUCAAGAGAAAGCUCAAAUUCAUUGAGUUUAGCACAGAGUGAAUUAAAUCAUGCUAAUGACCAAAUUGAAAGGCUUACUCGUGAACUACGUGAAUCUGAGCAACGAAGAACUGAUCAAGAAUCCCUAGCUACGAGUUUAGAACAAAGAUAUUUAGUUACUCAGCGUGAAUUAAAUGCAGCCCAAGAUAUGACUGACAAAUUACGAGCUGAAUUAGCCUUCAAAUCAACGCAACUUAAACAGCAAGAAGAAAAAGUUCGAACACUACAAAUUAAAUUAGAUACAAUGGAAGACGAUCUGUUGCAGAGUAGAUCAUUGUCAAAUCAUUUCUUGACUAAAUCUUUCAAAACUAAAUACAUUCAUGAUGAAGUUGACAUUGAUGAUGAUGAGGAGGAGGAGGAGGAUGUUAUUGCUGGAACUCAAUACAAUGAAGAAAAUGCUUGCUCUGAUGAAAGUAAUCCUGAAUUAAUGAAUAAACAAAUAUCUGAGGGGGAAAUGGAACAAGAGACUGAUUCAAUCACUGGCCUUGAGAGCAAACGUGUCCGAAAAAUCAAAUCUAUUAGAUCAGCAUCAAAAAGGAAUCAUUAUUCUCGACAUAUCUUUCAACAGGAAUGGAAUUCUUAUGAAGAUCAGGUAAAAGAAUUAACAGAUGAAAUAGAAGAAGUUAAACAAGAAUUAACGCGUGCAAAAGAAAGAGAAAUAAUUAAUGAAGAACACAUAACUCGUUUAUCGGGAACAGUUGAUAAAUUAUUACAAGAAUCUAAUGAACGUUUACAAAAUCAUUUACAAGAAAGAAUGUUGGCUUUAGAACAAAAACAAAAUUUAAAUAAUCAAAUUGAACAAAUAAAGAGAGCAUUAGAAACAGCAAUAAGAGAACGUGAAACAAAUAUAACAGAAUCAAUGUUAUUAAGACAGAAAUUGUCUGAAUUAGCAGCUGCUUUUCGUUAUUCACAAGCUCAACUUGCAAUUGCUCAUACAUCAACUUCUGCAGCUCAGGCUACUAUUAUGGCAUUAGCCAAAGCAUCAUCUGAGAAAGUUAACAUGGAACGACAGCAACAACAGCAUAAUACAGAUAUUUCUAUACAAAAUUCAGUAUGUCCUUCAAGUGUAGUGGAAAACUAUGGAACUGAGCAAAGUAGUCCAAUAGAUUUAAUUUCAAAAUUGAUCACUAAUACAUGGAUCUAUUCACAAGCUAAUAAUAAUUCGGAUCAACCAAUAGAAAUGAAUCCUGAUGUUGAAUUACACAAUAUUCAAUCACUUCCUAAUACAAUUAGUGAUAAUAAUAACAAUAAAUUUUAUCAGUCGAAUGAAUUACAGGAAAUGUUAACUCGACAAAAUGUAAUGAAUUUCAAUGAUCCAUCAGUACAAUUAAAUCAUGAUACUGUUAAUCAAUUGUCCUUGAAUGAUAUAGUCAAUUUUAUGAAAAUGAAACAACUACCAAACACCAUAUCUCAGCACAAUACUCAAGAAAGUGCAACUGAUUCAACUACAGAUCCACAAUCUUUAGCGUAUAUGUUAAAAAAUCAAUUAGAUGCUAUCAAUAAUGAGAUAAAAUUAAUUCAACACGAGAAAGCCACUACAGAAAUGCUAGCUGAUGAAUUAAAGGGACGAUUUGGUACGACGGAUAUAAGUGUUGAUAAUAUAAAUAAUGAAUUUAAGACAAAGAAUCAGUAUGCUGAUAAUCGACCCAAUGGGAAUGAUGGUAAUAAUAAUAAUCAAGCGGAUCGAAAUGCCAAUCAUUCAUCAGAGCCCUCUGCUCUUGCUUCUUUGGGCAAUUUCAACUGCAGAACUACAACAGUUACUACUCAAAUGAAUAUGGAUAUUUAUCAAAACCCACCAAUUAGCUAUACGCAAAACUUUCCAACAACUUACACACUAACGCCGCAUCCAUCCUAUUUAGGAUAUGAUACACGACUGCGUGCACCAGUAAUGAAUCCUAUGGCUAUCCGACAACCGGGACAAUCAAAAUUAUAUAAUCAAGGAGUGUUUAUCCCUAAUCCCAGGUAUACUAGUGAUCAUAAUGUAAUUUUUUCAACUGGAACUGCUCAACUACCAACUUUAUCAAAUUUUCACGAUGUGGACUAUAAUAUGCGGAAACGUGCACAAAAUGAUCUUUCUAUGACUACAUACGAUAGCACAGUCACAACCACAACAAUAACUGGCACACGAGAUGAUUUAGGAAAUACAGAGUAUUCAGAUAGUAGUCAAAGGGAAAAUGAACGUAAACGAUCUAUUUUCGGGACAUUGGGUCGUAUGUUCAAGAGACCAAAUCCUGUAAAUGUAACAAACUCACAGAAUCAAGUGGAAAGUACAGUUAAAUCAGUAGUUUCAAACAAUCAACAACCUUCAUUGAGAUUUUAUUCUAAUCCAUUAACUCAUCCAUCCCGUCAUUAUCAUGUGUAUAAUAUUCCUCAAUCAACCUCAGUUCAUAGAUCAGACGAAAGAAGUAGACUAACUAAUGUUGUAUACUCUUCACAAGAUUCAGGAUUUUCGAAUAUGGCACAUUUCAAUCGUUCAGUUUAUCCAAACAAUUUUUCUCAAUAUCAUGUACAAGAAGGAACAUCGAGAUACAGUCCGAGACCUCCAUCACACCAUAGUUAUUUUGGCAAAGCGAAACCUGGUAUUUAUUCUGCAGAUGUAGGUACUAACCAAGAACAAAGUGCAAUUCAGCAGUCAGUUUUAUCACAUACGAUGAACUCUCAAGCUGCUCUUGGACCGAAACAAACUCUUGAGGAUAGACAGAAAUCUCAAAAAUUGUUACUUGAAGAUACUAUACGCAGUAAUUUACCAUUUACUUCAUGGAGUAGUCCCAUAUUAGUUGCAUGGUUAAAACUAUGGGUUGGAAUGCCAGCAUGGUAUGUUGCAGCUUGUGAAGCAAAUAUUAAAUCUGGUGCAAUGCUUGCCUCUUUAUCUGAACAAGAUAUUCAAAGAGAGUUAGGUAUACGUAAUCCUUUACAUCGUCUAAAGCUUCGUUUAGCUGUACAUGAAAUGCUUGCAUUUACUGCAUCAUUAACAGGUACAACGACGAAUCCAAUUAAAAAUGGUGAAACAUCUACCUCUAUGAAACAAUUACACUUAGCUUCCCCACUUAUAAAGGGUGAAUUAAAUCAUGAAUGGAUUGGGAAUGUUUGGCUGCCUAGUCUUGGGUUAACCAGAUAUAGGUCAUCAUUUAUGGAGUGUCUUGUCGAUGCACGUAUGUUAAGUCAUUUAACUAAGCGGGACUUGAGGGUACAUCUAAAGAUGGUUGAUCAAUUUCAUCGUUUAAGUUUAUACUAUGGGAUAAUGUGUCUCAAGCGCCUGGAUUACGACCGUUCUGAGAUUGAACGCCGACGUGAAGCAUGUCAAAAUAGUUUAAACGAUUUACUUGUCUGGAGUAAUGAUCGAGUUAUUGUAUGGCUUAAAAGUAUAGGUUUGAAUGAAUACGCCAAAAAUUUGAUUGAUUCUGGUGUACAUGGAGCUUUGAUGGUGUUAGAUCCAGAUUUUGACGCGAAUUCAUUUGCUCUUAUCCUUCAAAUACCUAAUUCAGAUGUACAAAUGAGGCAUAAACUUGAACGUGAACUCAACAGACUUCUACACCCUUAUCGAUCAGUUAAUCAAAACACUUCGAUGAGACCUACCGAUUCAAUCAUGAAUUAUGAUACGGCAGCAAGUUGGAUUGCUUCCGUAGAACGUCCAGAACCAGCAUAUUAUGAAAAUCAAUUUGAAAUAGGUGAUGAAUUAGGUGGUGAGUCAUCUUACAGACCUGGCACUCAACAACAAAGACAUGGAAUCAACAGGAAUAUUGUACCUAUUUCGGAAAGUUUAAAUGGAGCUCCACCUAUUCCUAUACGAGCGCAAAGAAAUACAGACAGACGAUACCCUACGUCUACUUCACAGUUAACUGUUAAUUCUCAGAACCAACUUCCUUUGAAUGCCAAUCUCAACCGUAAUCUUCAAUAUCGAAAUGCAGGUAUAAAGAAGAUUGAAGAAAAAUUGAUAUUGGUAUGUGGUCGUUUACAUCGAAUACAAAAUUGUUGAAUUUGUUGAAAGUUUACUAUGUAUUGUUACAAACACUGUGUUGCCGGAACCCGUGAUUCACACAACCCAAGGGAGAAGACAAGCAAAUGAUGAGCAUUUAUUAUACCCUAAAAGCGAAUUAAAACAAUAAAUGGACACACUUAUUUUUAUUUCUUUGUUUAAUUCAAUCAAUAGUCUGGUUGAAUUAUUGAAAUGGAAACUUCAAGUUAGUUAGUCAGUGGUUUACCAUCUGAACAUGAAUUUAUUAUACCAUAAGAUUUAAGACUAUAACUAACAUGUAUAACUAACUUGAUUAGCUAUACUAUUGCUUCUUAAAAUGUAAUUACAUAUCAUAGACAAUUGGCGAAAAUCAAUUUAGCAGAUCAUCUAUACAAAAUUCAAUUCAAACCUAGCUGAUCAUAUCGCAAUGCUAUCAUGUUUUCAAAAAUUGAAAAGCGGAAGUCAGGACGUAUGAAAUUAUAAUCAUUGAACC